AUGGAGAGGAUCGCAGCCAAAAUUGGAGGCGAUGCUGCUACGACAGUGAAUAACAGCACUCCGGAUUUUGGUUUUGGGGGCCAAAAGAGACAGCUCGAGGAUGGAGACCAGCCGGAGAGCAAGAAGCUCGCUUCCCAGGGAGACUCCAUCAGUUCUCAACUGGGACCCAUCCACCCUCCCCCCAGGACUUCGAUGACAGAAGAGUACAGGGUCCCCGACGGCAUGGUGGGACUGAUUAUUGGCAGAGGAGGGGAACAGAUCAACAAAAUCCAACAGGAUUCAGGCUGCAAGGUCCAGAUUUCUCCAGACAGCGGCGGCCUGCCCGAGCGCAGUGUGUCCUUGACAGGAGCCCCGGAGUCCGUCCAGAAAGCAAAGAUGAUGCUGGAUGACAUCGUCUCUCGGGGUCGUGGCGGCCCCCCAGGACAGUUCCAUGACAACGCCAACGGCGGCCAGAACGGCACGGUACAGGAGAUUAUGAUUCCUGCCGGGAAGGCUGGCCUGGUCAUCGGCAAAGGCGGGGAGACGAUUAAGCAGCUGCAGGAGCGAGCUGGAGUGAAGAUGAUUUUAAUUCAAGACGGUUCCCAGAACACAAACGUGGACAAACCUCUCCGGAUCAUUGGGGAUCCUUACAAAGUGCAGCAAGCCUGCGAAAUGGUGAUGGACAUCCUUCGGGAGCGUGACCAGGGCGGCUUUGGGGACCGGAAUGAGUAUGGAUCCCGGAUUGGCGGGGGCAUUGACGUGCCAGUGCCCAGGCAUUCUGUUGGUGUGGUCAUCGGCCGGAGCGGAGAGAUGAUCAAGAAGAUCCAGAAUGACGCCGGUGUGCGGAUACAGUUCAAGCAAGAUGACGGGACGGGUCCCGAGAAGAUCGCUCACAUAAUGGGGCCUCCGGACCGGUGCGAGCAUGCAGCGCGGAUCAUCAAUGACCUCCUCCAAAGCCUCAGGAGUGGGCCCCCAGGCCCUCCAGGGGGUCCUGGCAUGCCCCCAGGGGGCCGGGGCCGAGGAAGGGGCCAGGGCAACUGGGGCCCGCCUGGCGGGGAGAUGACCUUCUCCAUCCCCACGCACAAGUGCGGGCUGGUCAUCGGCCGAGGUGGCGAGAACGUGAAAGCCAUAAACCAGCAGACGGGCGCCUUCGUCGAGAUCUCCCGGCAGCUGCCACCCAACGGGGACCCCAACUUCAAACUGUUCAUCAUCCGCGGCUCACCCCAGCAGAUCGACCAUGCCAAGCAGCUCAUCGAGGAGAAGAUUGAGGGUCCCCUCUGCCCAGUCGGACCAGGCCCUGGGGGCCCAGGCCCUGCCGGCCCCAUGGGGCCCUUCAACCCCGGGCCCUUCAAUCAGGGGCCUCCCGGGGCUCCCCCUCAUGCUGGAGGCCCCCCUCCUCACCAGUACCCACCCCAGGGCUGGGGCAAUACCUACCCCCAGUGGCAACCGCCUGCUCCUCAUGACCCAAACAAAGCCGCUGCGGCUGCUGCAGACCCCAACGCCGCCUGGGCCGCCUACUACUCACACUACUACCAGCAGCCUCCAGGCCCUGUGCCCGGCCCCGCACCGGCCCCCGCGGCCCCACCCACCCAGGGCGAGCCCCCUCAGCCCCCGCCCACCGGCCAAUCGGACUACACUAAGGCCUGGGAAGAGUAUUACAAAAAGAUCGGCCAGCAGCCCCAGCAGCCCGGAGCACCCCCGCAGCAGGACUACACGAAAGCCUGGGAGGAGUACUACAAGAAGCAAGCUCAAGUGGCCAGCGGAGGGGGUCCGGGAGCACCCCCAGGCUCCCAGCCGGACUACAGCGCCGCCUGGGCCGAAUAUUACAGACAGCAGGCCGCUUACUACGGACAGACUCCAGGUCCUGGCGGCCCCCAGCCUCCACCCACACAGCAGGGACAGCAGCAGGCUCAAUGAAUCGAAUGAAUGUGAACUUCUUCAUCUGUGAAAAUCUUUUAUUAUUUUUCCAUUUUGUUCUGUUUGGGGGCUUUUUUUUGGUUUCUUUUUUUUCCUCCGUUUGGCGAGAGAGCGACGGCUGCCGUGGGGGGUGCGGGGGAGCCCUCACUGAGUGGCUCGGAGGUCGCUGCACGGGCAACGCCGGGCUCUCGCUCUCUCGCUCAUUCUGUGUGUCUCACAUGCUUUUUUUCCUUUCAAAAUUCGGAUCCUUAUGUUGAGCCAGCCAUAGAAGAUAGCGAGAACUAAAUCUCUGCAAAAAAAGAAAAAAAGAAAAAAAAAUUUAAAAGCAAAACGUAUAAAAUUAUAUAUAUAUAUAUAUAAAUCUCUAUACCUCCCCAGCCUUCCUGAAACUGCCUUUUUCAGGGGAAAGCAAUUCAUUUUCUCCCUCCCACCCUCGGCCCUCUUCGUGUUUUUAAAAUAAACUUUUGAAAAGGAAACAAAGUCCCU